CAUAUCGUUCACCAUUCCAGCCGUCAUGAAGGGACUGAUCGUGCUAGCUGUGUCGCUGGUCCUUGUGGCUAGCAUAGAACUCAAAUACGCCCCAGAGUUUGCUGUAGGAAAGACCUACACAUACAAGUAUGAAGCAGUUAUCCUGGGAGGUCUGCCUGAAGCUGGUCUUGCCAGGGCUGGUGUCAAACUGAGCAGCAAGGUCAUCAUCAAUGCUGAGGCUCCUAACACCUUCUUACUCAAGCUUGUCGACCCAGAGCUCUAUGAGUACAGUGGAAUCUGGCCCACCGACCCCUUUGUUCCAGCAACCAAGCUUACCUCAGCCCUGGCAGCUCAGCUACUGACACCCAUCAAGUUCCAGUAUGCUAAUGGGGUUGUAGGAACAAUCUUUGCACCUGCUGGUGUCUCUACCACAGUGCUGAAUGUCUUCAGGGGAGUCCUGAACCUCCUUCAGCUGAACAUCAAGAAAACACAGAAUGUCUAUGAGCUGCAAGAGGCUGGAACUCAGGGCGUCUGCAGGACCCACUAUGUCAUCAGAGAGGAUGUAAAGACUGAACGUCUUCAUCUGACCAAGACCAAGGAUCUGAACCACUGCCAGGAGUUAAUUCACAAGGAUAUCGGCUUGGCCUACACUGAGAAAUGUGUUCAGUGUCAAGCUCAGGGUAUGGCCCUGAAGGGAGCCGUUGCAGUCAAUUACAUCUUGAAGCCAGCAGCCACUGGUGCUCUGCUCUUGGAGGCAACUGCCACUGAACUCAUCCAGUUCUCCCCCUUUAACAUCCUGAAUGGGGCUGCCCAGAUGGAGGCCAAGCAACUUUUGACCUAUGUUGGUAUUUCAAAGACUCCAGUUCUACCCAUUGCUGCAGUUUAUAUUCCCCGUGGAUCCCUGCAGUAUGAGUUUGCCACUGAACUUCUCCAGACUCCAUCCAGCUCCUGAGAAUCACCAACGUAGAGGCACAGAUCGUUGAAGUGCUGAACCACUUGGUGACUUACAACGUGGCUAAGGUCCAUGAAGACGCUCCUCUCAAG